GGAUUGUUUCCAGCUCCCCCAGCGCCGGGAUUUAUUGCGUUGACGCCCGCGGACUUGCGGAGCCUCUAUCGGAUCUAUCGAGUCUGACCCGGGACCAUCAGACGUGAGCAGCUGCAGCACAACAAGGUGGGCUGUGACUGUGGCUCAGAGUGGAUGGGCCCCUGUGUUCUCCCAGCCAUUAAUCCAUCCCUCCAUCCUACCGUCAGCCAGAGGAAAGAUCUGAUGACAGGACUGCAGAGAGUGGAGAAAAAAGACCCCCUGCUAUGGCCAGUGCAGCUGAUGGUGUAGGCAACCUGGGUGCUGAGCAGAACCACCUGAGCGUCCCUGUCGCUGAUCAUGGAGCCUGGGCCACGGCCAUGAACAACCUGGGCAUCAUGCCCAUGGGCAUCAGCGGGCAGCAGCUGGUUUCAGACUCUCUGUGUAUCCAGAGAUUCGACCCUGGGCUGGGCCUCAUCGCACCCAUAAACCCCAUGAUGGCGGGUAUCAGCCUGGUCCCACCUCCACCCGUUCCCUCUGACAUGCCCCUCAUCAAGGAGAUCAUCCACUGCAAGAGCUGCACCCUCUUUCCUCAGAACCCCAACCUUCCUCCUCCAUCGACACGGGAGCGCCCUCCCGGCUGUAAGACGGUAUUUGUCGGAGGUUUGCCAGAGAACGCCACAGAGGAAAUCAUCAGGGAAGUGUUUGACCAGUGUGGGGAGAUCACCGCCAUCCGCAAGAGCAAGAAGAACUUCUGCCACAUCCGCUUCAGUGAGGAGUUCAUGGUGGACAAGGCUAUUUACCUGUCAGGGUAUCGGAUGCGGAUCGGAUCCAGCACUGAUAAGAAAGACUCUGGGAAGAUCCACGUGGACUUUGCCCAGGCCAGAGAUGACCUUUAUGAGUGGGAGUGUAAACAGCGCUUACUGGCCAGGGAGGAAAGAAACCGCCGGAAGAUCCACGAAGACAGACUGCGGCCACCAUCUCCUCCUCCGAUUGUGCACUACUCUGAACACGAGGCAGCAGUGUUAGCAGACAGGCUAAAAGAUGAUCAUAAGUUCAGCGAGGCCAUAGCAGUGCUGUUCACCUGGAUCGACAGGGGCGAAGUCAACCGCCGCACCGCCAACCACUUCUACUCCAUGAUCCAGUCAGCCAACAGCCACGUUCGCCGACUGAUGAGCGAGAAAGCGCAGCAUGAGGAGGAGCUGGAACGCGCCAAAGAGGUCUUCAAGAAUGCCCUGCUGGCUAUAUUAACACAGUUCGAGCAGAUCACCGCCGUUUUCACCGCUGCCACCCGGCAAAAGGCAUGGGACCAUUUCUCAAAAGCACAGCGCAAGAACAUAGACAUUUGGCGCAAGCAGUGUGAGGAGCUGAGAAACGCCCACAGUGAGGAGAUCAUGGGCAUCAGACGAGAAGAGGAGAUGGAGAUGUCAGACGACGAUUCGGAUGAAAGUCCCUGCAAGAAGAUGCGCACUGAGGAAAAUGGAGUGUGUGAUCAGACUCAGGCCUCUCUGAAGGAGGAGAACGACUCCCUGCGCUGGCAGCUGGACGCCUACAGGAACGAGGUGGAGCUUCUGAGGAAGGAGCAGAGCAGAGCCAGCCGUCCAGAUGACGAUCACACGCACACGCAAACACAUCCUCACAGCUCAGAAGCUCAGAUCCAGCUCCUGCAGCAGAGCAUGCACAGCAUGCAGCAGCAACUUCUGAGCCUGCAGGAGAAGCUGUCGAGCAAGGAGGCUGAGUUGGAGCAGGCAAGAGAAGAGCAUCGCUACCUGGAGGGGGAGGUACUCAGCCUCCGAGACAAGCUGCUGAGCAGUAAUGGGGAGGCUGUGGAAGGGACCAACGGCGAGCUGCAUGAAAAGGGGAUCAACGGCUGCGUUCCUUCCCUGUACCACAGCAGAGACCGGAGGAGCGAGCUCAUCGUGAGAGGAGUCGUCACUUCAGAAAAAGAGGCCCUGCUUCUGGGCAUCAUAUCGACCUUCCUCCAUGUCCAUCCAUUCGGGGCCAACCUCGAGUAUCUGUGGUCGUACAUACAGAGACUAGACUCAAAGGUAUCUGCAGGGGAGCUGGAGCGGCUCAUGGUCCGUCUGCCCGGUAUGUUCAGGCAGGAGCUGAGCGGCGUCGGUGCAACGCUGGAGAAAAGGUGGAAAUUCUGCGGUUUUGACACCCUGAGUUCAGCGUGACGCAGGAAUGGCGCACACACACACUGCGAAGACACACCGGCGUGAACAGACGCACACCAUGCCACGGACCUUUGAUUCACACGUGUGUGCGUGCGCGUUCCUCAGACACACAGCAGUGCAGUAGAUGGAAGAUGAUGUUCACUCAAGCAGACACUGGAAACUGUGAGAGCGACCGAUUUGUUUUUUUCAGAAUCCCAAAAACACGGAUCACCUCUGGAUGUUGGGUCCAGGUGAAAUAACGUUCCUUUUCCUCACUGCAGAUUCUUACCACAGUGAACUGCAACAGGACGUUAUAGAGCAGACUCUGUCCUUCAGUGCUGAAGACACUCCCUCUGUCCGUCCUCUGAAUCACGGUCCUCGGUUGUCUUGCGGUUGGUGCAGCAGCAGCCUAAACAAGAGAAACAGAGAGUUUAAAAAGUUAUACCAAAGUUGAGCGUUUCGAGAUUUAAUGCCAAACCUCAUUCCAGUGGCAGAUAAAAUGGGACCCUUGGUCUCCUACUUGGUCCCGAAACUGCCUGCACAAAAGAAGCCUUUGCUGGGCUUCCUGCGGCAUGAUGGGACCACAGAUAGAUCACUUCCUCUUUAUGGUUUGGAAAGGAGUUUGCACACCAACUCUAAAUCUGUCAUUCAACAAACACACACACACACAAAACCCUUUAAUUUAGUCUUUAUUGCCAGCUGAGUGUAAUCUUUCUGACAGUGCUGGUCAAAAAUGGUUAUCUAAGAGUCUGUGUUCAUAUUUGGAUUUUUCAAGCUUUCAGGUUAUUUAAUGCCAUAAGGCAAGAGGGCUGUUGAGCUCAUCCUUAAGGAACUGCUGUGCCCAGGACUUUUUACUAUAGGGUACAAAUCAUCUGUUGCCUCAGAAGAGUCGCUGCUUCAAAGUCUGUCUGCACAGUAACCACAGACUACAUGAAGGGACUGCAGUUACACAGUUGACUGCUGCCUUGCUCUUCUAGACGGUUUUUAGGUCAGAAUACAGUAACACCUCACCCCACUCACUAUGCGGGAGCCCACAAUGCAAAAUGAUCGUGUACCUUUUAAAGUGGCAGAAGUUUACUGUAUCCUGUGGGAAGUUACCCAUGAAGACUACGUGCAGCAGCAGCAGGCACUCAGAUUUUUCACUUUUCCUAUUCCCUGUGAACAUUUGGCUAUUUUUGGUAUUCCUGAUCAGAAAAGGGACAAGCUGAAACAUGCGGUGCUUCACCACAGAGAAACUCUCAGAUCCGUUUGCCAUACAGAUGAAAUACUGUGAGCCUUCAUUGCUCCUGAAUGCCGCUGUUUGUUGUUUGAUAGUUUGGGGUUGGUGUGUGAACAUGAGUUCUUAUUUAUUUCUUACUGCCAGAUAUUUUUAAAUGAAAAAAAUGAACAAUAAUAAUAAUAAUAAUAAUAAUGCAGGGAAACUGCUAUGGGGUUAGAAAUAAUCUGAGUGACUAAGUGUGAAAGCCUCCAGGCCUGUUAGUUGCUCCCUGUCGAGGACACAGACACUGGAAACAGGGGGGUUGAAGGUGGGAAAGGACGAUAUCUGGGAAACACAGCGUGAAGUAAAGAAAGAAAAAUCAUUUUUUCAUGUAAGCGCAAUACGAGGGAUCAAAAUUCAACCAUUCUGCUUAAUUUAUUUCAUUAUUCUGUGUAAAGAUGUUCACUGAAGGCAGCAG